AUGAGACUACACGCAAUUGUUGCUGGGCUUCUGGCUGGAGCGUCGGCGAAAUCUGUGCCUCAUGCGCAGCCUCAGCAGAUCUUGUCGAAUCCGCCCGUUCAUAACAAUGACUUCCGCAUACCGACAUGGCGAGAGUCUACUGCGAUGGCCAGAAAGAUACUACACCUUACAAAUCUUGGUGAUCUCGUGACUGCUUUUUCGGAAGGAGACCAGCAAGAUGGUGUCGAGACUCUUGAGAACCGCCCCUCAGCUGUAGCUGGCUCUCCGAUCGGAUUGAUGGAGUACUAUGCGGAUUGCGAUCCUGGGAGUCCAGUCUUUCUCAGCCUCAGUGUUGCCACACCGUACAGGAACUACAACGCCGGCUCCAACAUCAGUCUAAGUAUACGAUGGUGGCCGCAGCGGAAGAUGACUUACUCGAUGUGGUCCGACGAUGACGACGACUUCUCUACACCUCACACACCUGUCGCCUUGCCACGCAUGUCGUUACAUGGACACCUCGAGCCAGUCUCGCAGGAGAAGAUGGAGGAGCUCUCGAUACAGGAGUGCUUUAUGCGGUCGCACCCGGACAGUGCGUUGUGGCAACCUGGAAAUCCAAUUCAUAGCGCGAAGUACGUUCAACUGGUGGUGGACCACGUCUACUGGCUGGGAGGAUUCGGAGAUCGUGCGAGGAUAGGAUGGUUGCCCAUGGACAUGUGGAACAAUCUCACUAUGGCGGAGAUCAUGGAGGCGAAGCUGCCGGGCGAGAAGAAACACAAAGAGAAGGGCUGGUGGAGAGAAUGGUUAUAGACUGCGCGGGUUGGCAUGAGCAUCAAGCAUACGGCGUUAUCUUUCACGAUUGAAUGAUUGGCAUACAGCGCUGCACAUGGAAUACGGAACACUCGAUCAAGCAUACUGCCUAUACAAGUGGACAGCUUCAUGUCGUUGAUGUGCAAAA